AUGAUCGCCAUUUUGCGUGUUGGUGCUCCUGACACAAUUUCCGACUUACUAGAUAUGAUCCGGUCUGGCGUUGAUCUAUCACUGCUUGCGGCACAUGCCCGAAACGCGCGCCUAUCUGAUCCUGCCAUCGAAGAGUCGUUCGCCACUAUUGAGUUCAUAAUUGACGGCCCGAAGGAGCUUCCAUCUCCCACAGCUUUACUUACACAUGUCCCAUCUCGAUCGCCUGCAGACUCUUUUUCAUCCGUGCCUAUCAGUAGAGAGGAUAUUGUGCCUGACAGCGUCAGCAGCAUGACUGGCCCCAGCAGCAUGAACGGCAUCAACAGCAUGAGUGGUGUCAACAGUGUGUAUGAUGGCGUUAGCGGUGUGGAUAGUAUCAACGGUACGGAUGGCAUGAAUGAAGUCAAUCGCUUUGACAGUUUCGACAGGUUCUACACCUUCAACGGGCUCGACGGCUGA